GCUUACCCGUAUUCUUCUCUUCUGUCUUUGCCUUUGCGUCUGCACCUGCAUCUAGUAGAACUGGACAUGGUCAUGGCGCGGACAAGAUCAUCGAAAGUUGGGUCGUACAGCGUUAGUGGCCCUCGUCGGUUGUUUGUUUGUCCGUCUGCGUUGCGUCUGUCCUGUUGGCCCUCUGCGCCUUUGGCCCUGGUCUCUGACCAUCUAAUGGCUCCAUUGGCAUCGUGGCGACGGUUUGUGGUGCCAUGUGUGCAGCUCCAGCGAUCCGGCAUCCAUUCAGCUGUGACUUUAGGGCGGUUUCGGCGAGCGAAAACAGCCCAGCAGGGACUUGGGACUGUGCUGUGCAACCAAGCCGAGUGGCUUGAGUGGUUUGAGUACGGAGGGACAUGUGGGCCAUGGAUUGUGGGUUGUGGAUGGGCUGUGCCCCGUUCUCUUCAGAGAGAGCCGCACGACAUGUACUUUUCCCCUCCCGAUCGAUCUACUCCGUUCUUGCGUGUUUGGCUUGGCUUGGACGAGGUGAGGUCGGGUUGGACAAUGCAUCGACGGCUCGUUCGACAAGACUACGAUCGAGCGGGAGGAUAAACGUCGCUGCAAGCAGAGUUUGAGGCGGCUGUCACGCAAUUUGGUGGGUCGCCUGCACUGGAACGCGACUCGGGGCUUCUAGAAGCGGAGAAGGCCCACCACUAUUGCUGGUUCAUGGGGCCACGAUCCGAUCGCCUCAUGAAACGCGCCCGAAAGAGAACAGAGAACUAUCACCAUGCCGAAGACAGCGAAGAUAGUGGUGAUGAUGUCCGUGAUGGUGAUGGUGAUGAUGAUCCAGCUGGGGAUUGAUAGCUGGGACACUCCUGUCGGAGCCCGCCGUCAUAAGGUGGCCGGCUCCGAGGACCAACGAGGCGGCGGCAAAGAUAAAGGCAACGGCAUGUGAUUGCUUGAUUGAUUUGAUUGCUAUCGAUGGCUGCGAUAUUGAAAAAAAAGAUUGCACACCGUGUCUCUGGGUGUGUUUGCCGGUGUGUGCCUUUUUUUU